AUGAUGCCUUUCAAAUACGACCCGCUCGAUUUUGCGAAGCCAAGUAUACGACUUCUGCGUCUUUUGAAAGGCCGUGAUGAUCCGAUCCGCUGCGAGUUGUUUGAGGUUCAAAUCGCGGAGCAAGUACGCGAUACCCCAUACGAAGCACUUUCAUAUGUUUGGGGCUCGUCUAGUCUCACUCACGAACUCGAGGUUAAUGGCAAGGAACUACGGAUCACCGCAAACUUGCAUGUUGCCCUUUCUCAUCUUCGUCUUGUUGAAGCUGAUCGAAUAUUAUGGGUUGACGCCGUUUGUAUUGAUCAGAAGAACCACAAAGAGCGAGGUCAUCAAGUACAACAAAUGGGAGACAUCUAUCGCCAAGCCAGCCAAGUUGUUGUCUGGUUAGGAGAAGCGACAUAUGAAGCCGAAGUCUUCAUGACGGUAUUGCAGAAGCUUCAAGCCGACAUGGAGAGUGACGGGUCCCCUUACAGAAACUGGGUACCAAAGUACAGAAACAAGUCGCAACGAUAUUGGUACAAGCGGUGGCUUGAAGAAGUGGAGCAUGAGAUGUGGAGCAGGCAUCCCGAGUGUCUCAAUGGGCAUGUGCAUGAGGUUUUUUCCGAACGCGAAAUGGCAGCCGCAAGAAACGGCCUCAUCGAGAUUCUUGACCGCUCCUGGUUUAGGAGAGUCUGGAUAUUGCAAGAGGUUGCAAACGCGUCCGCCGUUAUGGUCCAUUGCGGAAAACUGUCAGUUCCCGACUUGUACUUCGCAAUUGGCCAAGAAAUCAUCAACUUUUGGUCCCGUACAGACAUAACGCCUAAACUCAGAGUCGAGGGCCAAUCACAAGCGGUGCGAGAAAUAAUGCCGACCCGUCGUUGGGCACAUGGCUCCUGGUGGGGGCAUGAGGGUGGGCGGACUAUGUUUUCCUUAUUGAAGCAUUUUGGUCAAAGUGAAGCCACGGACCAAAGGGACAUUGUCUACGCCCUCCGAGGAAUAUCAGCGGACAACAAAAACCCUUCAUUGCCUGCCGUGAACUACGAAAUGUCCGAAAAAGGCUUGGCGAUCGAUACGUCAUCCUUCAUUUUUCAUCGCGAACUCACAUCUUGGGCCCGUCUUGACUCGAUAUCCGACCUGGUCACGCAGCUAGACUGGCUCCUGGCAUCCUCCAUCACUGAUCAGCGGAUUUGCGUCCCCAACGCCAAUGUUUCACGCCUUCCCGGUCAAGGAAUCGUGGAAAUUACGCUAGAAAUCUUGGAGCUGCCCUUCAUAACCGGACACUGGAAGAUGAUUGACAAAAUGCUUUCCCCUCAUACCAAGGGCCACAUCAAGUUUUCUCCAAAAGCAGUCAUUGAGAUUUACCGAAAAUGCGACUCUUUCGUCCCCGAUUUGAGAGAAUUGAAAUCCAGAUCUAACAUAAGUUACGACGAAAUCCUUUACGCUGCGCUUCAAAACCCGCAUAGGGCACAACAAAUCAUUGAAAAGGUCUGGGGGGACGAUAACACUCGGGAGUACGCCGCGGGUUGUGGGGUCAAUGUUUUGAAGCUACUUUGGGGAAGAGAGGCCCCAAAAGAUGAUUUCCAUCCUGGACCAGUCGCAAUUCAUUCAAACUGCCUCGCAGCUCUAGUAUCACAGUUGAUUGGCAACCGCCGAAUGCUCACGCCAUUCGAUCAUUCUUGGAUGAGUCAGGAAGGCGAGUCAUUGUUGGGAUACUCCAUCAAAACUGGCAAUGCCUGGCUUGCACUGAAGCUUCUCCUUACCAUGGAUUCCUUUACACAUGAACCGCUCGACCUCAGCCAACCCUCAAUUCGCCACCUCUGCCUAAUUAAGGGAGACUACGGUCCCAUCCAUUGCCUGAUUUAUCAAGAUCGCCUAGGCGACAUGGCUAUCCCUUAUGAAGCCCUCUCGUACGCCUGGGGCUCAUCCGAGCUGACGCAUGCAAUCACUGUCAAUGGAAAGCGAAUGCGCAUUACUAAGAAUCUCUUCCAUGCGCUCCGUCAACUCCGAUCUAGUGAGCACGAUCGAGUUUUGUGGGUAGAUGCUGUCUGCAUCGACCAACAGAACCACAGAGAGAGGGGACAUCAAGUGCAGCAAAUGAGCGAAAUUUAUCGACGGGCUGAGCGAGUUCUAUUCUGGCUAGGCGAUGGUAACACAGACACUGAUGCCCUCAUCUCUAUGUUGCAGAAGCUCAAAGAUAAGAUGGAAGGGCCCGGUGGUCUCUACAAUGGCUGGGUGCCGAUGAAUCAACACGAAUUGGUGAACGAAUGGAUCGACCGCUGGCUGAUAGAUUGCAAAACCAUGGCAGGCCAUGUGAUUCCGCCAAGCAGUCUUUACAAGAAAUCGUUGGCUCGCGGCCUCCACCUUCUCCUGGAACGAUCGUGGUUCAAGCGUGUGUGGAUUCUACAAGAGGUUGCCAACGCUCAAGCGGCUUUCACUUGCUGUGGCAAGAUGUCCGUCUCCGCCAUGUACUUCGCUCAAUCACCGUCGUUUAUCGAAGCUUUGCCUGAUCCUCAUUGUCAAGCUGUUCUAGAAAUUAUGCCUGGACCUUCUCGCAUAAUUUCUUGGUCAAAUCAACGUUUGAAUUUGUUUUCCCUCUUGAAGCGCUUUGGCACCAGUGAGGCAACCGAUCCACGAGACAUCAUAUUUGCUCUACGCGGGAUUCCGAAAAAGUCAGAUCGUCUCAGUUUCCCAGACGUAGACUACGAUAUCACAGAGGCAGGACUGGCCCGCAAGGCAUUCAAGUCAAUGUUUGGCAUCCCAGUCCCCUCAUGGGCUAUGCUCAACACAAUCAAUGAUCUAGUCACGCAAUUGGAUCGCUUUCUCGCUAGAGAUAUAGUCUUUGAUCCGUACACAGCAACAUGCAGACAUCUGAAGAUAAGAAUUACGGAAAAGUUCCUCCGUACCAUGAUCAAUUCUGGUGGGGAGGGUACUAUCACGGUAGCGCCCAACUUGUGGCGUUGCGCCGACCGAGCUGCGGUGCUACAUGCGUAUCGCUCAGCUCAUUUGGAGUUAGCAACAUUCCUGUUCAAUUUAAAAGAGGAAUCGAUACCAUGGCACCGCUUGGUGUAUUCUGCUCUCCAAAAUUCUACUGGACAGGGAGUAGAGUUGAUCGAUAGUUUAUGCGAAAGCGGCGGCCUGGGUAAGGAACAGACAUCAAUCGCAACACAGAUGCUCUACCAGUUGUUCCCUCUCUGGUUCAAACGUCGCCCCAACAAUGCAGAGCCCAUCGAAGAAAGUUUUGACUCGUCAUGUGUUUUCGCAGAUGGCUUGACAGCACUUCUGGAUCAGCUCAUCAAAUCUGGCAGAAAGGCUCCUGUCGAUUCAUCCUGGAGAGACAGCAGCCGCAACUCAUUGCUUUACAUGGCAGUCAAAAGCGGAAAAGUUGUUCAGUUGUGA